AGUAAUACGUCACACCUCCACUCAGUUAGUUUAACAAGUUCGUAUUAUUUUCCAAGUUGUUUCUUCCAAAAUGUGGAAACUUCAGGCACUUGUUGUGCACAUCCUGUUGAUGGGCUCCAUUCUGAGCACCUACUUCCAGCCCACCAUACUGCCCCACCUCGUGCCGCAAAAGACGAUGCCCGAAAUGGGUCUUGAGCCGCCGGCGAAUCGAUUGGUGGUAUUUGUGACCGAUGGCCUGCGAGCGGCCAGCUUUCUGGCCAACAAUGGCAGCGAUGUGCCGGAUCUCAAGGACAUCUACCGGAAGCAGGGUCGCAUUGGCAUAUCCCGCACUUGUGCGCCGACAAUGACACGACCUGGACACAUAGCCAUUUUCGGCGGCUUUAACGAGGAUCCAGCAGCAGCUUUGGUCAACUUUCGCUAUAAUCCCAGCAAUUUCGAUACCGUCUUCAAUCGCAGCAGGCACAUGAUCGGCUGGGCGCACAGCUAUAUUAAGGGUUACUUCAUCAAACUGCCGCAUGGUGGUGCCCCACUAAGAUUUGAUUCGUAUAUGGAAAAGGACCUGCCGGCCAAGCUCUCGUGUGACAAAUGGGCCUUCGAUAAGGUGGCGAAUUUCCUAGCGAACGGCGACAAUGUUCGCGAGUGGCGCAACCACAAGCCGGCCGUGUUUCUGGUCUACUUGGCUGACAUGGAUAUAGCUGCUCAUCGGUUCAAGCCACUGAGUACCGAGUUCUUCAGGAAACUGCAGCACACACAGCGUGGCAUCAGGAAUACCUACGAACUCUUCGAACGGGUCUUCAAUGAUAGCAGAACGGCUUAUCUGAUGACCUCCGAUCAUGGCAUGAAUAAUGAGGGAAUCCAUGGUGGUGGCAGCUCCUUUGAAGUGGAAACGCCCUUGUUUAUGUGGGGAGCUGGCGUAAAGCGAGAGGAAAUCGAUCUUGAAGCCAACUUCCCCCAGAAACCCAAUAUAUCCCAAGUGGAUCAGAACCAACUGGCGCCACUGAUGUCGGCUUUAAUUGGACUUCCGCCUCCGAUGAAUAAUCUAGCCCUGAUGCCACUGGGUUAUCUCAACGUGAGUGAUGAGUACGAAGCGGUGGCUUUACACCUAAACGUCUUGCAACUUUUGUCGCAAGCUCAAAUUCUUAUGAGGCGCCAUGAGGAGGCGAUGUUUUACAAGUGGCUGCCAAAGUUUGGCAAACUCCACUUAGACCUAAUCGAUCAGUAUGCGCCGCAAUUUGAUUUCCUGAAAGCAGCGGGGAAUUUAACCGAGGCCAUGGAGAUGUGUCAGGAAUUUGGAAAACUGGCGAAGCAAUGUCUGGCAUACUACCAUGAAUAUUAUCAAAUUCCUUUGAUUGUCUCCACUUCACUGUCCUACUUGAUCUGGUUCUACUGUCUGCUCCUCCAACUGACGCGACUAUCCAAAAGGGAAAAGGUGCAAAGAAGGGGAUUUAUGACAUUCUCCACCCUGAUAUUGGUCAUGAUCGGUAUACUGCUAGUAACCAUGCUGGAACUGCAGAAUGUGCCGCAUAUCACGGCAUUUUACUUGAUUCUACCGGUUGGCAUGUUGAUUAUGGCUCAGGCCGAACGUCCUGUGAAAGGAUAUUGGAUAUUGCAUCCGCUAUGGAACUUUGGCUUCAUAUUGCUGCCUGCUGUGCUGAUGAUGUCGAUGGCCUUCAUUUUUAAGCACCUAUGGAUGCUCUAUGGAAUUUCCGUACUCCUUAACAAUCGCAGAGCCCUUCGAAGGCCCUCCGUGAAAUUACUCAUUUGGCUUUGCCUGGCUUUACUAGUAACUGUCCUGUUGUUUGUGGAGCAACGCAUUAAAAAGGGACUCGGGAAUAUACCCCUCCAAGGUUUUCAUGUUCUUUAUAUAAGCAUGGUGUUGGCCAUUGUUCGUCCUUUGAUCUUGGGACACCGACAUGAUCCUCGAGUCUGGACCAUCAAUACAGUGGCCAUGUUGGUCGGAGCUUAUGGAGUCUACCAAUAUAUGGUCUAUGAAUCCGUAUCGGCUUAUGUCUAUGCCGUCACUUGGUCAUUUCUGUUCUUUGCCUUUCUCUCGAUUGCGUACUUUGCAAAAUCGCUGCCAGAGGCCAGAAAAAGAUUGGAACUUAUUACCAUCAACAUGAUUACGGUUCUUAGCUUGCUGACCAAUUCUUGGAGCUGCUUGAAUGUGCAAAUCGUGAUAACUGAAUUUAUAAUCGGUCUUGAGGUUUACGAGCAAUCCAAGCGAACCAAAGCAACUGAAGAUGUGGAAAUCAAAUCACUAAAGAACAUAAAGGGUUUCUAUCGAUAUGGAUAUAUGAUACUUCUUUACUUCUUUGUGGCCUUCUUCCUGGCUGGACAUUGGCUAUCCUCGUUUUUGUUCAAGUCGACAACCGCUCGACUAUUCUAUCCUCAUUUUUCCCUUUACAUAGCCGGCAGCCUUGUGAUGCUGAAGAUUUUACUGCCAUCCCUGAUCUGCAUAUGCGCUCUAUAUGCGAUGGUUCCAUUUGUCCGCCAAAACAGCAGAUCGAUUCUAAUCUGCGCUUUUCUCAUCAGCGAUGCCAUGGGCCUCUAUAAGUAUUACUUUGUGCGCAAUCGGGGAUCCUGGAAGAGGAUUCGCUCGUGCAUGGACCAGAUCCUACUAACCCACGCUGUGAACUUCAUGCUGCUGGGCGGUCUUUGUUUGGCUAAGAUCUUCUUGUGCAACACGACAAUGGAGAAGCCAGGACGCAAGAGGGCAAGGACUUCUCGAGGCACUUUGGCAGCCGACGAAACGGAGGCCUAAUGUAUUUUUGGACUAAAUGUAACUAAAUUCAGGGUGUAUGACUGGCGAUAUUCAAUUACAAUGUAAAUUUCAUGUUUAUCAUA